CACUUGGCUGUGAAUUCCUGUGUGUUUUGAUUUUUCCUCUUACCUAAAAGGAUGACGCUGCCCCGAUUGGAGACUCCGCUACGGCGGUCCGCAGUGGGCAGUUACCAAGAAGGGGCAUCUCGAAUGCUGACUCCGCUGAACGACGACGAGGCAGAAAGGCGGGAAGCCCGACGGCGCACGCUUCUGCAGCAACAGCGUCAAAGUACUCUGGAGUCCAUCGAGGACAACGAGACAAUAAGGAACUGCCUGGAGAUUUAUAAUGGUAACAAACUCAGCAAGGACAAUGCCUGGAACCUGACGCUCAUUGACUCCCUGGCCAAUCUCUUAGACAACCAUCACAAGCGGAUGAGCAACUUCAAGAUAGCGGGCUCGUCCCUGGAAGCCUCUUCCAAGGUUUAUGGCCUUCGGGUUGACUCAAUCUAUCUGGAUGCCAUGCGCAUUUCCGCUGGUUUAAGUGCCCGCACACUAACAGAUAAGCAACUAAAUGCUGCAGAUGAUGAUGAUGGCCCUCAAACUGAUCAGGCGGCUGGUGACGGGCAGGAUUCAGCGGAGCAAGCCCCAAAAGAAGCAGCACCCAAGCCUAAAAGGCAAAAGAAAGCCGUGUCCACCGUAACGAAGAACAGGGACACGCUAAAUAGCCGCCUGGAUACGGCUCCCUUGCAGGAUCCAGUCUUUGGCAAGCUCAACUCCACAGUUGGUUCCAUUAAUGCCUCUAAUCGCCUGAUGCACAAUAUUUUGCCCAGUUUGGACUCGGAGCUGCGAUUGCGAACCACCUACAAAUUUUGGGACAAUAAGGAGUCCACCGAAGAUGUGCAAGAUCACACUACACUAAACGCAGAUAUGGAACAGUGGCCAGCUGAAUCUCUGAUGAGCACAACCUUAUUGACCAAGCUGCAGUCACACGCUGAAAGAUCAAAUCUGCGUCCGCUGCACACAGGCUAUAUUAUCACAAGUGCUCCUAAUCCCAAGGCGUCGAACGACAAGCCCGCAGAGGCUAUGCAGGAAGACGAUCAGCAUGACGAGGGGCUUGAUAACGCUGACGAUAUUUGUGUAAAUGAGAUUUCCAUGGCUUUUGAUAUUAAUGCUGAGUGUGAGCCCAUGCCGGACUUGGAUGGACACCCUCUCAUGGUCCUGGAGAUAGACUCCAAUGAGCUGCAAGAGUUGACUACCGAAGAGCAAAUGGUUAUCAACAAUUGUCGUCGUCUGCGCAAGCAGACAGAGUUCAUCGAGGAUUUGCGGCCGGUAGAUGGAAGCUCAAAGUUGGAGUACUCAUACAGGCCGAUGGAGCAAAUUUCCCAGUUCUGGGCCGGUCCCUCGCACUGGAAGUUCAAGCGCACCCGGCCGCGCAGCACGUUUUCGCAGACCAAUGGCCAGGCGGAUACCCAGCCUAUUCGGAGUCAACGGCCCAAGAAGUCCAAUCUUCUGUCCGCAAACCGCAGAGCCAAGGCUGUAGCUUACGGUAAUGUGAAGGAGGACAACUUCCAACUCCUGGAUACCACCAUAAGGCAGCGCCGAGUAAACUUCCAAAAGAAGUGGGAUCCCCGAAAACUAAUAUUGCCCACUAAGUUCGAUUUGGAUCCGAAUCUCUUCUUUAAAUACGAAACGGCGCCUGGUAUAAAAUUGUCGAAGCGCGUCGGAGAGGAUGACUCUGAUGAGGGCGGAGAUCUUGGGAUCGACAUUGAUGCUGAUAUGCAUCACGAUGACGACAAUGAUCAGGAGCUGUUUAACAACGAACAUUUUACCGAUGCUGUUCCCGCCAAUGUGAGUGUUGUUGCGGCUAUUGCCGCUGAGCAAGGGGCCGAGGGCAUGAUGAAUGUGGAUAUGGGCGAGAUGGGUCUCACCCAAAUGAAUGCCACCUGCAAUAAUACAGUCUUCGAGAUUGGCACAGAGUUCGAAGGUGCGCCGUCGCAGGUUGCCAAAGUGAUUGUUCCAUUCGCAAAGCGCGCCAAGGUGAUAGAUAUGAAAAAUUUGAAGAAGUCCUGCAACUCCUUAAUACAGAAACAACUGCUAAACGCUACCCCAGAGGAGACGAUACCCUCACAUCCAAAGAAGAAGAACGAACACUAUUCAAAGGGUGUCGCAAGUUUUCAGGAUGUGUACAAGAACUUACCCAACCUUCUGACCACCAAAAUGUCAGAUUCGUUGUCCCCGUCGGUGGCUUUUUAUGCAGUUCUGCACUUGGCCAACGAUUUAAAAUUGCGCCUGAUUCCACAGAAAAAUUUAGAGGACUUUCAAAUUCGUCAAGUUUUGGAUUAAUUCAUUUGUAUAAUUACGAAUUUUACCAUUUUAGUUUAUAGCAAAUGCUGUUAAAUUUCCCUCUGUCACGGCUAAACCUUAAUCUCUAAACUAUAAUACCAACUCAGAAAACGUAACUCCAAUCAGUAUUCCCAAAGAAAUACCCUUAUCCCAGUCGAAUUGAAUUUUUGAAGCGAGGUUCUGAUUUUAUAGAUUAUUUUACACAUAAACUACGAAAUGUAAGCAAGUCUUCUAUUUGUAUCAGGGAAAUAAUGCCUUCCUCCAUAAGGUGUCAAAAAUUAUUUUUUGUAUAAAUAAAAGAAAUGUUAACGAAGAGUAAUCUUGGCUAAGUUUUUUAAGCGUAUUAAGAAUAAACACCUAAACCUUA